AUGAAAAAGAGAUUCAGCAAAAAGAGAAAAAUUAGCUCCGAGAGACGUCGACUCGUCGAGGAAUUGCAUGCUCCGGCGAGAAGAUAUUUUCCGCGAAGGCGCGUCAUAGUUCGAGGAUACGACGAUGUCGUAUCCUCGACGUUGUGGCAGGCUAAUAUCGUUGAGAUGCGUCCAUACUCAGGUUUCAACAGAGACUACCACUACAUACUCAUCAUCAUCGAUGUGUUGAGCAAGUAUGCGUGGGCCAUAUCGCUCAAGAGCAAGGGUGGAAGCGAGACGGCUAAUGCUAUCGUUGAGAUAAUUCGAGCGAGUGAAAGAUGUCCGAAAAAUUUACAAACGGAUAUGGGAAAGGAAUUUUACAACGUCGAUGUGCAGAAAAUCCUGAAAAAACACGAUGUUAAUCACUAUUCCACAUCGACGAGUCGCAUCUCGUGUCAGAUUACGCGCAAGCAUCGGACUAUCGGCAUACGACCUGCUGACGUAACUCCCGCGAUCGCCGAAAGACUCUUGGACACGGUGUACAGCGCGAUAAAGAUUGCUGGUCCGUCAAAAUUUAAAGUGGGCGAUUCGGUAUGCGUGAGCAAGUACAAGACGAUUUUUGAGAAGGGUUACACACCAAAUUGGAUACCGAGAUACCGAGAUGUUUACAAUCGUUAA